AUGACGCGCACCUCUUCUUCUGCCGUGGUGACGACGCUCGCCGUCACCGCGACGCUGCUUGCCCUGCUCAGCGUCUCGGUUGCAGUGAGCGCGGUGAACCUGCUGCCGCUGGUGGGUGAGGGAUUGUUCGAUGUCGAGGUGGUGUGCCGCAGUGCCAUGCUGAGUGAGCCGACGGUCUACAACAGAUCCGUGAUAAGUGCAUUUCGCUUCUCCGUCAAUGCGAGCGCGGGCAGCACGAACGAGAAAGUGUACCUCCCAUUAUACGUGGAGCGCAUCCUAGACAACGACUACGUCCGUACCUACUACAUCAACUCUACCGACAAGUACAACAUCUCCGACACCGAGGGCUGUGUGCACACGAAGGGGUCGUAUGAAUCCUCGGACGAGGUGCUCUUGGCUGGAAGUCUCAUUACUAUGCUGCGUUCCCCGCUUUCAGCGAAACCCUACCCGAGCAUAAUUCGCGGUAUUGCCGUCAAUAACUACUCGGGCCAGUAUGACCUCACGAUUCCGAGAAGUUACGGUGGUCUUGGGGUGCCCGCCACGUACCGCGCCGCUGUGUUGACGAGCACGCAGCACUGGUUGGUGAACUUGAUGUCGGUGGACCUGACGCCGGUGUCGAUCGAGGUGACAACAACAGGCGCCGCCAGCACGAUCAACAACUGCCUGUUUACCUUCUCCUUCUUUGGCUCGAACGUGUCCAGCGUGCAGGGGUCUCUUCCGUCUUCCUGCACAAACUCAUCCUCUGUGCAUCCACGACUCUGGAAGGCGUCGAACGUUGCUCUGCCGAUGAUGAGAGCACCCGCGGGCGCUGCCACGGCCUUUUCGUCGCGGCCCAGUGUCUUCACCAGCUCGAGUGAGACGUCGUCAUCAGCCUCAGCAGCGGACACUGCCGACUACACGAUGCCAGCGGUUCCUGAUAUUUUCACAGCAAAUUUCCUUGUCGUUUCGCCGCUUGAGGACUCCUUCUACCAGGUUCGCGCGUCCUACAGCCUCUAUGCGGGUUUCUCCCGCACCAGCUUGCAGUUCCCCGUGAAGGGUAUCGCCGGUCGCGUGUACAAGCACGAGUGGUACAGCAGCUCGUGGAAUCAGAUGUCGUACUACCACACCGAGUUUGCAGUGCCGAGCGGCCAGGGGCAGGCCGACGAGGCUCUGCGCAAGUACUUCUUCCCUGACCUGAACACCUGCAAACGCGUCGUCAUUGCCUACGACUUGAUAGCCAGGAGCGCCAGCUCCCUGCUGCUCUACUCGCCAAAUGUGCCGCCGACGUUUGUCGGCAACCAGACGGUGCGCAACAUCCCGUGUGGGGUGUGGGUGGCGGAGCUGGAAGGCGUCCGUGUAACGUGGUACUGGGCGACUGAUGAUUUGGUGGACACGACGUCGUUCUGGACAGACAACAGCAUAAGUGGCGCGUCGACUUACGCUAGGUUGGUGCGCAUGACGGUGACCGGCAAGGGCGGCGCCCCGCCGCUGUUCACGCACCACCCCUUCUUCCCGCAAAGGACCGCCUUCCCUGUGACUGAUCGUGAUGUGGCGUGCACUGCGAUGAUGCCUUCUGAGGCGGAUAUGGGCUGCUACACCUACGCCAAAAACGCUGAUUACACUUACAUAUACGAAAUCACGUCUUUUGUGCCGUACGUUCGAAGGAAUGACUAUGACAUCCCUGCCGCGUGCGCCGGCGUCAAGAUAUUGGGCUCUAUCCCCAGCUUUCAGUGCAACUACAAAGGCAUCACGGGCGGCGUGGCGUCCAUACUGCUGACUGUGGUUGCGCUGCUGUUCUCCCUUGCGGGCGGGUGCUGCGUGUGGUGUCCCUUCUCCCGAAUUGUGCGUCAACAACAGGAUGAGCUGGCGCGAUUCGCGUGGGAGAUACGUCUUGCUCAAAGCGCGAACGGCACUGAGGGGCAUGACACAACAGACGUCGUCGCCAAAAGCGAACCCGAUGUCAGGAACCCUUCCUUGUGA